AUGUUAAAGAAAGUGUUGGAAGAUUUGAUUGGAAAGCCGAUUGAACAAAGAUUUGAAGAGAUAGAACUUAAAGAAGUUAGAGCAAGACGUGAAGCUGAAAUAGAAGCUAGAAUGAAAGAUAAAGGUAAAAGUGUUCCAGUUGAAGAGGAUGUUACAGUGACAGAAAGGGAAAUUGUUGUAUCUGAGCCGAUAAAAGUUCUAGAUCCUUGUCCGAUAACUUCAGUAUCUGGUGAGAUUGACGAUGAUGAAGAUGAUGAAGAAGAUGAAGAUGAUAAUCUGAAAGAUGAUGCAGAUGAAGUAUAUUCUGUGCAUAGUGAUGAUGAUGAUGAUGAUGGAAAUGAUGAUGAUGAUCAAGGUAACUCAGAUAUCAAAGUAACUGAAGUGUCAAAAGAAGAAAAUAUUGAUGAUUAUCUUCAAGACGAUGCAAAUGAAGAAUCGGAGAAUGCAGAAGGAAAGGGGGAGCAUGAUGAUGCUGAGAAUGUUGAUCAGAGUACAGGGUUGUGUCUACGUCUUGAACAUGUAGAGGAAGGUGAAAUAUUGCAUACUUACAAUAGAGCUGAGAUCAUUAAGAUGAUGCAUGUUGAAGAAGAUAAUUUUAACUUUGAUUUUGAAGAGGAAUUGAACAAGUUUGAUAUCAAUCAGCAACCUAAAUAUCAGUACAAGUACGUUGAAGAAGCUGAUAACUAUGAUAAAGUGGAAGUAGAAGACUGGAGUGACGAUGAUCAGUCUGAAAAUGUUAAUGUUGAUACUUCUAGCUAUCCAACUCUUGCUGAGUUUUUCAGUCAAGCAAAUGAAGAUGAAUUGAGAAGAAAAGUUGCUGAAAGUGUUAAAAGUAAAAGUUUUCAAGAAAUGUCGAAAGAAGAAUAA